UAUUAAAAUUAAAAUUUUGUAUAGUUAACCUUACUCAUGGGAGCAAUUUUGUCCCAUCAAUUCUAUUUAGUUAACAAAUUUGAAGUUGUCAAAUUCCCAGCAGUGUUCAAGAUAUAUUUAUGUAUGGUGUCCUCGGCGUGCUUCUCUUAAUUAUGGGCGUGUAUUCGGCUCUCAAUGACGGGUUGCCAUGGAGCAGAAGGGUCGGUCGUUACAAGAUCGAACUGCUACCAAUAGCGGAGGAGGAAUAUGAAGCAGGCAGAGUUCGUAAUGCGUAUCCUUUGGCUAUUGGCGAUUCAGGCCCACGGAAUCAAUCCUUUAAAGGGCAUCUGAGAGGUCAAGCAUUGGUAUCACUCGAUAAAGGAAAGAAGUUUAAAUUAAUUGGGCCAUCUAAAGCUCAGAAUCAAAACUACGACAGGAUAGAGAUGACAAUCGAUAGUUCAGGAAAGCCGGUGGACCCCGGGGCACACCGUCGCUACGUCAGGACUUACGGAUCGUGGGCAGCGAUAAGCGCUCCAGUAAAAUCGUUCAUCAACGAGACUUUUGUUAAGCGGUAUAGAAGAAAGAGGAAAAAGAAAAGGAGGAAAAAUGGCUUACGUAGAAUUUCAAAUUCAAAAAUUACAGACCCAAAUUUGAAAAAUGCAUAUGUCAGGUCUAUUUUUGGAUUAAUGAAUGGACUCAAUUGCACCUGUCCACCAUCGCCUGAGGAUACAACUAGAAUAAGGUUUAUUCUAACACCAUGUGAAUGUGAGGCAGAUUACGAAUUCACAGAACCGACUGAAAGCAACGAACUUAGCGACGAAGAAACCGUCGAGGAAGGUUCCAGUAUAGAUAUCUCCAGUUCCGAAAUAUGUACGGUAGAUACCUCUGGUCCCGAAGAAAAUAUCGGCGAAGAAUCACCUGAACCUCUUUGUACCGAACCUGAAAGUAUAGAAUGCGAAACUAACAGUGAGCAAGUACAGACUGACCAGUGUUGUCAACUAGAUCCGAUGCCGAAGCACACAAUUGACGAAUCUCGUAAAUGUAUGUGUCAAAUGACAGACCCUACUGAAGAACCCAUAGAAGAUUACGCCACCUACAAAACAUUUCCUUUUUCUGGAUGUAAACGUAAGAAAAAAAUACGGAGACCAGGCCUGAAACAUUCCGCAAUAACAGUUCGUAAGUGUUGUGAACCCAAUCUUCGGCGAAUUUUGACCCUUCCACGGAGUACAAAAAAAAGUAAAUGUACAGAUUCACAAAAUGUGUCAAAGAAAAAGAAUGAGAAAAGUUCUAAAAUCAAAUUCAGUAGGAAGUAUUCCAAACCUAAAAGAAAAAACCGUGUUGCUCAUUUGAAAAAAAAAGAAGUUCCAACAACAUAUAACAUUAUAAAAACUGACCAAACAGAAUCUUUGCGGGAAUGUGAGAUUGAUAGUGUACUUUCUAGAAUAAAAGGAAGGAUUAACACAGAAGAAAGCACUAUUAAUAAUGUAGACAGUGUUUCAAUAGAAAGUGCCGAGGAAGUUGGCGAAGAAUCAGAAAAUCUUGGCUGCUGCUGCGGUAGUAAUUUGAACAGUGCCCGCACAGAAAAGUCCAGUUCAAUAUCUACUAAUGCGGGGCUUCUUGAUGCCAUGUUUAAGAAAUUUCUAGGUGAAACAGAAGAUGGUAGUUCAGCAAAUUGGAUGUCAAAAGACCCUCCCAACAAAGAUGAAAGUGUAACUCUAAUCAUAAACGUAGAAGAUGAGGUGAUAGCGCCGCCAGCGGUUAACCUGAGCAUGUGCCCGACGAACCCUUUGUCCCUCGCUGUCGAAGAAAUGCUGGCUGAAGUCAAGUGGAAGAUGACGGAGGCUAUGGCGACGGCCACCACAGACAUGAAGAUGCUAACUGAAGUCAAAUGGAAGAUGACCGGGGCCUUCCCUACGACCACCUCAGAGACACAGACCGAAACCGGAAUCAUCACCGCCGAGAAGUUGAAGCACGUUAAGCAUCGAUCGCGCACAACCAACGAUCCGAGUUCUAAGCGCGGUCUAAUUUGCACUAAUUGUUUCAAGUACAACUACCCUUCGCCAUCGAACGACGAUGACCUUAUUUCUGCUAAGCCUGUUGCAGAAACGGUUACACACCACGAGGCAUCACACUGUAUGGAACUGCAUGCACCGGAGCCGAAUUCAGAUCCUCAAGAUAUUCUAGUACCAUAUCCCGCUAAUGAAAUUCCGGUAACUGACGCUGAUUACGAUCAAAUCAUUGAUCACAUUCGAUGCAAUUUUUCAAACGAUGAGAAAAAAACAACGCUAGAUAUAUUAAAGCAAAUAUGCGAAGAUAGAUACAAAUCUGUUACUCCAUCAUGUAUUUGCGGUUCCCUUCAGAAAGAAACUGCGAAAGAUAAUUUGGAUUAUGACACUCAACUCGAUACCAUCAUAACACAAAAAACUCAUCAUACGGAGUCCCAAACCACUAAGCAGCAAGAGGAUGAUUAUAAAGAAAGUGAUACUGUACUGGAUGAAUCAACAAGGCGACUUGAUACCAGCCAACACACUCAGCGUAACUCUUGUACAGAUGAAAAAACGCACAUACCAAUGAGUAUUAGUCGCAAGGCCACAACCAGUUUUGAAACGACAACUCUGAAUGACCUUGACCUGGAGUUAACGUCAGAUUAUGAUGCUCCAGUGAGUGCCCAAACCAUCUGCUUUCCAAUAAGUGACUUCAACGGACCUGAAAUCACUACGGAACUUCACAAGACUAUAAAGUCUUCGAGUGUCACCAAGCAACAGACACGGGCUGAAAAGACCACUCCAACUCUAGCAGAUGAGGAUAGCACGCCACCUAAUCCAGUUACUCCCCAAACCAUCUGCUUUCCAGUCAGUGACCUCAUUGAACCUGACCCCACUACAAUACUCCGCAAGACAAUAAAGGCUUCGAGUGUCACCGAGCAACAGGAGACAACCACUCCGACUAUAGAAGAAGGGAAAACCACCAAAGAAGAUGACAAGCAUUUGCCGCCCCGUCCAUGGAAACACAGUGAUAGUUCAGUAUCUCGCCAAACUCUUUGCAUUCCAAUUAGUGACAUAAUUGAACCUGACACCACAACACUACAUCGCAAGACUGUAAAGGCUUCGAGUGUCAAUAGUCAGCAGACACAGGUCAAGGAGACCAUUCAAGAAUAUGAGGAUACUACGAAACCUUGUAAAGAAGGUGGCAAGCAGGUAACGCCCCGUCCAUGCAGUUGCACGCAGCCAUCGUCCACCACUCACACGCGUCAUCAUACGAAGGGUCAUUCUCAUCACUAUACUCUAUUUUUUCAUCAUCACAAUCCUUCUUCUGAGGAACACGUUCCUUCUUCUCAUCAAGAUAUCACUUCGUCUGAAGGAUGUAUUCCUUGUUCUAAUACUAGUCUUAUGUCUUCUACUGAUGACCUUCCUUCUUCUCAUAAAGAUCUUCCUUCUACUCUGAAAGAACUUCCUUCCUCCCAUAAAGACCUUCAUUCUACUCAUAAAGAAGAUAAAUCGUUUCAUAAAGACUUUCCUUCUACUCAUGCGGAGGUUGCUGAGAGUUCUGAAACAGGCAAUGAAGAAGGGGGCGAUCGGUCUGAUAACGACGUAACACUGACUACAAGUAAACAUACCAAGACAAGUAUCGGGAAGUCUGGAAAUGGCAAACUGAAACCCAAAAAAGAAAAACUGAAGCCACAGAGGUUCAAAUUUUACCCACCCUUGUCUUUGUACCGCACAUGGCUCAGUCCUUGGGCAGCUGUACAAAUCAAACAGCCAUCAUCUCGUAACAAACCAUCCGAAUCCAACGAACGUGGUCAUCAUAACUAUAAAAAGGAACAACACGUAGACAACUUGCCCCACCGGCCUAUGACUUCAACGCAUACAAUGAUCCAGUCAAAUAUAAGGACUGCUGCUUCAACUAACAUGCUUCCAAAUCUUGGUAAGUCAAAGGGUGUCUACAUGGGAGCUAUUAUCGUAGGAAAUAAGUACCUACCACCCGGUUUUUACAAGCUUGAAGAUUUGAAAAAACUAAAGAAUUCCGGCAUUUCAAUACCGAAAGUUGUAGACAAAAAAUCUACAGCCGGUAACGCUAGAAUUGAUUAUUCAUUAAGGAGAGUAUUGCAUCUGAAUCGUGAUCGUAGGAACAAUAAGCGAAAAAUUAUAAAUAAAAGUCGUUAUUCAAAACCACCGUUAAAUAUAUAUUCAAUGGUACAACUUCCAAAAGGCAAAAUUGGCAGAAUCGUUCUCGAUGAUGAUAUAUCGAACACUAUGAAGGAUAAGGAUUCAGAAACCUAUGAAUUGUAAGGAGAUGAAAAGGAACAGGUAUUGAAAAUAUACCUGUAACGAAGACCGUAUAAAAAUAACCGUUAUAACUACUGGUUAAAUGAAAAGUAUGACGAUCGCCUUGCACAGAAAACGCUAAAAUAGGGGAAGUCUAAUAUUAAUUUAUUACAGUAGAAACUCACUUUCCGAAGCGUAAGAUCAUUCCGAUAAGAAGUAUACUACAGAUUUCACGCGGAAAAUGAGCCAUAUUUAAGAAUAAUCGUUAUGAUAUUAUUUUAUUAACAAAUUCAUAAAAUAAAAAUAUUCAAAUUUCUACCAUUCAUUGCCCAAACCUUUGAAUUAGAUUUAUUCAAGAUGAAAAAUCGACGAUUUACGAAUAUACUCGGUUUUAUAAAAUAAUAUAAAUGACAUUGAAAAUUACAAUUAAAAAGUCGUACUUUUCAAGAAGAAAGCCUCAAGACUUAAAUCUGAACCGUAAGUGUCGAUCCGAGAGAAAAAAAAAAUAUUUGUCCCAUUUACAAGCAAUCACGUAAUAAAAGAAAAGCGUUUUCAUAUCCAUUAUAAUUCAGACCGUCAUAUAAAUAAUUAAGUAUAAUUACGGUCAUCUCAAAUACAGCACUGAAAAAGGAAACAAAACUACCUGGAAAACAGUUGGAAUGGAGGAAAUUAUUAGGAAGAAUAUAAGAAUAAAGACAAAUAAAAAGGGUAAAAGAAAAUUAUUUAAGUAUGUUUAAAGUAUUCAAGUCACUCACAAAGUUCAUGUACAAAUUGAUAAUUUAAUAAAUCAAGAGAGAAUAAAAUUUUAAAAAUUACCAUCUAAGGGCGAAUGGAAUGAGAGGAAAAUAUUAUGAAGCAGAAAAUGAACACAACAAAUUAAAAAUAAAAUAAGAAGGCGACUUUUGGAUAAUAAUGAAUAAACCAUGAAAGAACUUCAAUACAUUUAUCAUCAAUAAAAAUAUUUCGGAAAAAAGAAAAGUUUUAAUAUUAGAAAAUA